AAGUGGAGCAUGAUAUGGUGUUGCUGUUGUUGUGGCUUGAAGAACUACAAAAAUGGCGGAUAUGAUUGCUAGUGCUAAAGAAGAAGCGGCGAGAAAACGCAAAGAGAAGAUAUUGCAGCUACGGAAAAAAGCAGAAGACAGCAACCAGACAUCAACUGAUGAAACCGGAGAGACAGAACAAGACGAUCAACCAGCACCAAAGAAGAAGCCAUUGAAGUUUAGAAGUUAUGUUCCAAAAGAUGAAACUCUAAAAGAAAAGAAAGUGGAGGAUGCAAAGCCUUUGUCUGUUAAAGAAUCUGUCAAAGAGCAUCUUGAAAAAUCAAAACCAGAGGCAAUUAUAGAUGAAGUUGACAUUGCUAAUCUUGCUCCACGCAAACCUGAUUGGGAUCUAAAGAGAGAUGUUGCAAAAAAAUUAGAAAAAUUACAAAGAAGAACACAGCGAGCCAUUGUGGAGCUCAUAAAAGAACGACUUUCAGAGGGCGAUGAAGACUUGGCCUCUGCUGUGAAUGCAGCCACGGAUCUUGCCGAAUAACGGGGUUAAAACGAAAGUACCUGAUGAAAGAUGCUAUCUGGGCUGUUUAUCUCGUUCUAAGUUAGUCAACGGUGAAUAUGAAGCGUUUGGGAGUAAGUCAUACAACAAUACCACAGGCUCUUGCCACCAGCAAAGAGAGAGAUUGCAAUCAACGGAUGAGUGUCAUUUGUUCAUGAAAAUUGCUUUUCCCGUCACAUUGUUUGGGUUACCUAGAGUAAUCAGCAAAAAGAUACAGAAUGUUAUAUCAAAAGAUACUUUGUUAUUGUACGAUAUUUUUUAUGACAACGCAAUGCAUUAUGGACAUAUUUCAGUCGAAAAUAAUUAGUAAGCACUUAGUUAUGCUUCAAUUUUUGUGGUUUCAUUAUUUAUCAAAUGUAUUGAAACCUUG